CAAAUGAUUGUGGAGAACGUUCCUUGGGCGCCAUCCGACCCCUCGCUGUAACCUCACUUCUGCAUUAUCAGGGUCUCUGGACGCGACGGUCCCUCGAGCCGGCCUGGGAGCUUGCGCUGACUGACACCUGCAUGUGGCGAGCCUGUCACCGCAUACUGGAGCGGCAGACUCUCCGGCCCAAGCAGCAGAUUAGCUCUUUGCCGACUUUGCCGGUUGCGAGGCGAAGCGAGCACUCGAUCGGCGUACGACGGGACAUGGUGACGUGCGAUCAUGCGUGCGACCACGGGCGGCUCGCCAGCCAGGGUUCGCAAGAGGAGAAUCCCGACUGCGUGUGGCUCGUGCCGAUACUCCAAAGUAUGCAGAGACCUGUCCUGAGCUGGGGUCUUUUGAAGAGUGAACUGACGACGCAAAGGCGAAAUGCGACGGCAAGCGGCCAUGCUCACGGUAAGAGAAAUCUCAUCAUGCUCCUCCCUGACGCACUGAGCUUACUGUGGCAGCUGUCGAGCUCUCGGAAAGGAGUGCGCGUUCGAGGAGCGGCCCAAAGAUGCACAGCAGAUGUGAGUGUAUUGCAUUCGCCUAUUAACGUUACUUCUUUCUUGUCAGAGCUAUAUUGACAGGAAAAAAAAGACGCAUUGAGAUGCUGGAGACACAGCUUGUCUCACUCAAGGCUCAGCUGCAAUCUCCGUCCCAUGUCAGUGAUGCAACCAAAGCGCAGCGUGCAGGAGCUGAGCCCGUCACAUCGAUAUCACCGGACACCUCGCAGGCUUCAAACCGAGCAUUCGGCCAUCCUGUCAUCUCGCCGCUCUCCACAGUCACCGUUCCCAGUGCUGCGACGACGCUCCAGGAUGCGGCCAACGGCUCGCCGGAAUCGGCCUUCUUGCCACCACCACCCCGUCGCGCCUCGCAUUUCGACACAGUGGCCGUGUCUGUCCCCGACUUCAUCGAUGUCGGUCUGCUUUCUCCCGAACAGGCGCGGGUCUAUUUUGAGGCCUUCUUCCACGGCUCAGACCGCUAUGUCCCGGUGUUCGACCCUUCGUUCGACACCCUGGAGAGCGUCCGCGCGCGCAGCAGCAUCCUCUUUUGCUCCAUCUGCGCCGUGGGCUGUCGCGUUCUUGCGGGCACCGACUCGCAGCACUGGCGGCUGCUCAACUUUCACAUUCGACGGCUGCUCAACGCGGCGCUGGUCAUGCCCGAGAUGGCAUGCCUGGAGACGGUGCAGGCGCUGCUGGUGCGCGCGUGCUACACGUCCGAGCGGUCACUCCUUGUGUCCGUCGCCGCUCGCAUGGCUGUGGCUAUCGGCAUACCAGAGGCAUAUGAUGACCUUAUGAAUCAGACCUUCACCAACGAGUGGCAACGCUCGGAGGUGCCGGUGAGAGAUGAGGCCAUGUUGAUGCGCAAAACGAGGACAUGGCUGUUCAUUCUGGUCAUGGGACACAUCCUCCACGUUGAUGCCGGUGACCUCCUAUCCCUGCAAUUCACAGGCAACGUCCGCCGAUGCCGGGUGCUGCUCCAUCGCCCGACCUCAGCGAAGCAAGACCUCUGCCUCUGGCCUCAAAUCGAGCUAAACUCACUUCGUGCAAAGAUCCAAGCCACUUUGUCGGACCCUCGACGCGUCAUCUCCGGGCACGGCAGCGAUCAAGCCAUCAUGGACGAUGUGCGCGAUGCAAUCAUCGACCUGGACGUCUGGUUCGCAGACUGGGCGCGCAUCUACGACGCAAGCGGCGAUCCACAGGCCCCCUGGCUGAAGCUCAACCUGCAGGUACAGCGGUGCUGGGGUGUGACCAUGGCGCUUUGUCGGGCGGUUCGCACGACGGGCGUAGAAGACGUGAGCCUCAUGACGGCGACACAAACGGAGCUUCUGAGCAUGGCGAGGGCUGCGCUGCGGCAGCACCUGGAAAUCAUCGUCGAGGAGCCGCGUCUAUACCUGCGCAACCUCCGAUAUGCAAUGGACUUUGUAUGGGCCAAAUGCGUAUUUUGCUACCUGCUGCUCCUGAAGCUGUCGAUUCUGCUGCCCGAGGCGGACCGCCGAGAGCGCCGCGGCGGCCAUGACUUGGUGGCCUGUGGGAACAUGCUGCUCGACGAGCUGAGCGCCGCGGGAGGGGACAUGGCCGAUGGACACAGGAGCAGCACCGGCAGGCUGUAUCUGCAGCUGUUACGGACCGGCAUCGACAAGUACUCACACGCUCUCGAUGGAAAUCAGCCCUCGCCGCUGGUCAUGAGCCGUUCAAGAGGCGCUAGGGCGCCGAUGGGAAGGGGCGGCGACAUGGACGACUCGGGGGACGGAGAGACAGACGCAGACGCGUUCGUGCCGGACCAAUUCGUGUUCGAGUGGGACUUUCCUGGCCUGACACUCUUUUCGUCGUCCGCUACCGAGGCCGGCUGGCUGGACGGGAUACUACUCGAGGCCCUGAGCGGUGCCGACGAAUUCAUGGGUUUCGGCUGGACUGGCCCCGAAUCGUUAGGCGCCUCAUAAGGUACUGUUUUGCUCUGCGACAGCUGUGAGAGGCUCCAUGUUGUCUGAACACGAGCUGCCAUCCGUUACACGGUUGGAUGGUACAUCUUGUCUCGCCACCGGUUCCCCAACUUCAUGUUCACGACAAGGAGUCAUCAUGAUUAGCUCGGAGCGUUGACAGCACACCCACGAACAAUCACCGAUACGCCAUCGAGCUGGAUACGAUACUUCAUUCUUCAACUAGUCGAUCUCUCAAGUUCACCGCUGGACUGCUCGUAUCUGUCAAAACUUCCACUGCUCACACCAGUUCCUGACCAACCCCUCGUCAAUGGGCCCCGAACCCCUCAUUGUCGGGCUCUUCUCUACGGUGCGCCUCAUGUCGAAGUAAACAUGUCCAAGACCCGCCCGAUUAGCAUCGACCAUCCCCCUGUAGGUGUCCAGCAACUUGAUC